AUGGGGCUAUGCAAGUGUCCAAAGAAGAAAGUGACGAAUUUGUUCUGUUUCGAGCACCGGGUCAACGUAUGCGAGUACUGCCUCGUUGACAAUCAUUCAAAUGUUGGUUUUCUCGAAAAAAUGUUCGUAGUUUAUGGAUUCAGUGUGUGGUUCAAAGUUAUUUGCAAUGGCUGACCGAUUCGGAUUACGAUCCAAAUUGUGCGCUUUGCCAACAUCCGUUAACCGACGGGGAAACGAUACGACUUCAGUGUCUACGUUAGUUUGGCAGUUUUUGUUCGAAUUUUCAUGUUUUUUGAAGAUUUUUUCAUGAUUUUCACUAUUUUUGAGAUUUUUUCAACUUUAAAAAGUUUAUUUCAGACGUUAUCCACUGGAAAUGUUUCGAUGACUGGGCCAGCCAUUUUCCGGCCACCACAGCUCCCGCCGGUUAUCGUUGCCCGUGUUGCGAGUAAUUUUUCGUUCAAAUUUCACAAAAUUCAUGAUUUUUAUUGCAGAGAGGCUGUUUUUCCGGAUUUGAACCAUGUUUCUCCAUUAAUUGAGAAACUUCGAGAACAAUUAAAACAGUCAAAUUGGGCCCGGGCCGCUUUGGGACUUCCUGUGGUAAGUUUUGAUGGAUUUUUGGUUUUGAGAAGGUUUUGAAUGUAUAAAAUUGUCUUUUAAAGCUGAGAUGGAACUUUAUUUUCGAAAAGAAAGCUUGGAAAAGGUGAAUUUUUAAAUUUUGAGUUCUUUUUUUUCAUGUUUUACGCCCAAAUUUUUGUUUUUUUUUUUGACUUCGCCCAGGUUUUUGUGGUUUAUUAUACAUUUUUUAGCGUUAAAUUUCACAGUAAAAUCAAUUUUAUACAUUAAAAACGCCUAAAAUUCGAAUUUUCCAGCUUCCCGAGCUGAACCGCGCCCAAAAUCAGCCGAAACACAACCCGCCCUCCUUCCAACAUCGCCAAAUUCAACAGCAAGACGUUCAGCAAACCCAAAGUUCAAUUCAACAAAAUAAUUUCGAAACCCCAACUCAUCAGCCACCGCCGCCACAUAAUCCUAGUUAUCGGUGAAUUUUUACCAGGUUUUUUUUUCUUACGGUCGAUUUUUCAAAGAUUUUUGUUGAUUUAGAAGUUUGAAAAUAUUGAUUUAACUCCAAGUUUUCAUGCAAAAAAUUUUUUUUUUAAAUUUUUCAGCUAACCAAAAAUAGAUUAUUAGCGGUUGCAGGAGCACUAGGAAAUAUUUUGAAAAUUGAAUAAACUUAUUUCGAAACUGUAAUAUAAUAAAAAAAGAACCAGGAAACCCCGCGCUUGCCCGCUCUAAGCCUGAGAAUCUUGUUCUUAUAGUUUUUUGCAUUUCAGUCAAUUUUAACAUUUUAUUAUAGCCCAUUCCCCACCUUUUCACGGUUUUUGCCUCCCCCCAAGCUACAAAACCCUACCAAGAAGCUUCCCUUCGAAACGCGCGGCCUGUCUCUGUGUAUGCGCCUUUAAUUAGGCUCAGAUAUUGUGUCAUAUUAAAGGCGCAUACGAAAGGACAGACCAAAAGCUUCACUUUAAUGUCUGUCUCUGUCCAUGCGCCUUUAAUUUGGCCGAAAAUUUCCGUUUUAUUAAAGGCGCAUGCUCAGAGACAAGCUUUUGGGCUGUCCUUUCGUAUGCGCCUUUAAUUAGACUUAGAUAAUGUGUCAUAUUAAAGGCGCAUACAAAAGGACAGACCAAAAGCUUCACUUUAAUGUCUGUCUCUGUCCAUGCGCCUUUAAUUUGGCCGAAAAUUUCCGUUUUAUUAGAGGCGCAUGCUCAGAGACAAGCUUUUGGACCCGCCUUAUGCAUGCGCCUUUAAUAAGACACAGACUUUGAGGCAAAUUGAAGGCGCAGAUACACAUGCCGCUAGUAUCUAAGGGAUAUAUUGGUCAUCGAAUUUCGUUUACAUUAAAGGCGCAUACGCAGAGAUAAGCAGCGCGCAUCGAGGGGAAGAUUCCCGGAAGGGUUCCGUAGCUUGUGGAGAGAUAAAAAUGUGACAAAUUGACUUGGAAUGAGCUCUAAAAUAUAAAUUUUCAAGUUAAUUAGAAAUUUCAGCGCCUCAACCCCAGCAACUCACCUGGAUAUUGAUGACGUUGGAUAUUCGGCCUCGAAUGGUGACGUCACUUUUGGUGGGUUUUCAGGAUUUGUACGAAAUUUUUCAGAAUAGAAAAUGGUUUUUCAUGAUUUUUUUUGUUUAGAUGGGAGUAUUAUAAGGAAGGUCAUUUUACUUUCGGUUAGAAAUUUCUUGAAAAUUGGCCAGAAUAUUCCUUGAUGUAUCAGAAGAAGAUCCUAAAAGUCCCAAACUGCAAAAACUCCUCUUUUCGAGAAAUGAGGGCUCAAAAUGGCCCAUUUUAACGGUUUUCUUCGACUUUUAGGUGUCUUUUCUCUCAAAAAAUAGGCAUUUUUGCAGAUUUUGAGCUUUUCUGGUGCUACCAAGAAGAAUAUAGCGAAUUUUCCGAGAAUUUUUCAAUUGAAAUGACUUUUUUUCGGAGGUUCAUUCGUUAGCAGAAGCUUGUCACGUUUUUUUCACGCCUAAAAAUGGUUUAAUUCUAGAGGAAAGGUCUCGAAGCGAAAAUAAGUACGGUGUACUGUAGUUUUUCUAAAAAUUUUGGCAAUGAGACUGACGCUAGCUACUUUGUAUCAUUAGCAUAAUUAUACCUCCGGAUUUCUAGGAAAAACUGUAGUGGCCACUUAAAAGGUCCCUCAAGGGCAACUUGGAGAGGACCCUGAAGUGGCCACUAUUUCGCAUUUUAGUGGCCACUAUAGUAGUUUCAUUGGUCUAGUUGUACCGCUUAUAGUUCUAAAAAGGUUACUUAAGUUUAACCGCUCAAGUGGCCACUAAAUGGACUACUAUAUUGGCCACUGGAACCUGAAAACCCUGAAUCCCUAAAAAGACUAAACUUGAAAACCUUAAAGUGGCCACUAAAACAGCCUCUUUAGAAGCCACUAUUUUGCGUUUCAGUGGCCACUUAAGCAGUUUUAUUGGUCUGGUAGUACUACUUAGACUUUUAAAAAGGUUACUAAAAUUCAGACGCUUAAGUGGCCACUAAAAGGACUACUAUAGUGGCCACUGGAACCUGAAAACCCUAAAGUGGCCACUAAAACCUUUUCUGUCAAUUGAUUUUACACUAAAAAUCCAUUUUUCUCCAGCCCGGAAGAAGAACUAUGGCGGAGAAAUGGACCAAAGGCCACUUUUGACGUCUUCCGGGGCUCCUAACGACCGGGACGUCGACCACAAGUACAAGAGACGGCCUCCGACCGAAUGGCUGCGCGGCAUUUGGAGGUUGGAAUCGAGUUCUUUUUUUUUUUUGAAAAUGCUGUAGUUUGAAAGAAAUAAGUUAAUUUGCCUUAUUGAACCGCUUGUUAUCAAAUCUGUGUACUUGCUUAAGAAUUUCAGAGUGAUCCCUAUAGGGGCCCUUGAAUCUUCCCCUUUUGUGACCACUUUAUCUCCACUUAUAGCGGCAUUAAAACUUGCAGAAGUGACCACUUUAGGGGAGUAUUAACUUAUAAAUGAAAAAAAUUAAAAAUCCCCUGAAAGAAGCACUCAAGUUUUAAUGGCUCAGUCGUCAGACUCUAAAUUCCUAUAGGGACCACUUAAAUUUUAGCCCACGAGGGGCCAGUUUUCUAACCCUUUAGGGAUCACUCUGACGUCAUUUUUCGCGUUUUUUCUUCUUUUUUUUUUAAAUAUUUGUAGUUAACUUCGUCUGAACGAUUUUUCCACAAGAUUUUUUUGAAGAUUUGAACUUUUAAAUAGCUUUUUAGACCAAUUUUUCAACGGCUUGCAUCAUUUCUUUGCCUAUUUUUUUCAAGAUUCAUAUGUAUAUAAAUUUCGGAUUGGAAGUUUUUGAAGCGUAUUUUUAGAUUGAUUGUUAAGAAAAAAUCGAAAUUUCCUGUCAAUUUAAUCGAAAAAAAAAUUUUUUAUCAUUUUUUCCCGUUACUGCAAGAAAUUAAAACUUCACAAAAUCAGUUUGAAAUAAUAAAUCUUGACUUGCGUUGUGGAAAAAAAUAUUAUUCAAAUUGAAACUGACGAAAAAUUAGUUUAUAGGGAUUUUUACAGUUCAAAGAGUAUCUCUCAACGUUUUCAGGGCCAAAUACGGGACUUCGGUGCCCUCGGACCGAUUAUCGGGCUGCAAAAAGGUCGUUUUCCUGAUUUUCAUGGUCGCUUUGAUAUUAAUUACGGUUGGUUUUUUUAUUCCUGAAUUUCGGAAUUUUAGACGAUUUUUGAACAGAAAAAGCUUUGCGAUCCCUUGAAAUUCGUGUAUUUUUUUUGAUUUUCUGGCCUUUUUGAUAAGAAAAUUCAUCGAUUUUUCGGUUUUUUACUCGAUUUUCCUAUUAAAAAUGGUUUGAAAAGGUUUUUUACGGAAAAUUUUCAUUGUAAAUGCUUUAAAAUUUUGAUAAUUUCCAGUUUUUUUAUUUUUUUAAAGAUGAUGUACUUGAAUUUUGGCGGAUUUUCCCAAAAAUUGGCGUUUUUUCAUUCUUUAUGGGAUUUUACAGGAAGGAGACGUGAAAAUUUCAGUUUUCAGGGCUAAAUUUUACCUUUUUUGGUUAUUUUUGAGGUUCAGAGUAGAGAUUUUGAGGUUUAGCUUUGUUAAAAAAAUGUAUUUUUAAUGAAGGUUAAAUUUGAUUUUUCUUCGAUUUUUUUCCUUAUUUUUCUUUGGGAAAAAGGUAGUUUUUUGUGAGUUUUUUUCAAUCUUUUUUUCCUAAAGAUUCGAAAUUUUUCUAACUUUUUCAUCGAAAAUUCAACCUUUUUUUGCGAAUUCUAUUGAUGCUGUCUCGGUGGAUUUUAUCAAAAAAAUUAGCAUUUUGAAGGAUUUUUUUCUAGAUUUUUUUGUGGAAAUUUCAUGUUUUUUUCUUGCUAAAUCUUGCCUUUUUUUGGUCAAAUUUGAGAUUUGAAGUAGUAAAUUUAAAUUUAAGGGGGUUUUAAACGAAAUUGAAUCGAAAUAAUCUUCAAUUCCUUCAAAAUUCGACCAUUUUUUGUGGAAAAGACCCUAAAAUUUCAACGUUUAGUACGAAAUUUCGCCUUUUUUGGUCAAAUUUCAUUUUUGAAAUGGUAAAUUUUGAUUUUUAGUGGUUUUUAAACGAAACUAAGUCAAUAUAAAGUCAACUUUUCCCCUAAAAUGGUCUAUUUUUACAGGUGGUAACGGUUUUGUCGCGUUGGGGCGUGGGUCCCAGCGAAAAUGACCCAUUAUUGGACCCCAUGGCCAAUCCCAACAUCCGAGUCGCCGUCGAAGAAACCAAUUUCUAA